AUGAAAACCUUGCAACUCCAAUUUUUAUUAGUUCCAUUCCUUACAAGUGCCAUGGGAGCAGCACAAUAUCUGAUGCAAGAUGCAGCACUGAUGAACUACCUAGAUCGGCGUUUCCUGUCUUUAGAGAAGAGGCUGGAAAAAUGCAACCAAGACAUACUAGAUUACGUGGAAGAAUUCCGAGACUUUUCAAAGAUGGCAAUGUCACGCCUGGCAGGACUCAACAGUCACAAGUCUGAGGUUAAAAGUGAAGUAGAGAAUUUGCUAACAAGAAUUGAACAAGCACAAAGGGAAAUAGACUACUUUGGAUCUGUCAAAGAUUCUGAUACAUGUAUAGGAGUACAUGAAGACCUGGUGAAACAGCAGCUAUCUGAAGCAGCAGAAGAAAAAAAGAAACUUAAACUCAUGCUUAAUGCAAGUUGUGACCAAAUGCUUACAGGUAUUAAGUCCCUAAAGAUAGUUAAGAAGACUGGAGAUAAGCAUGGCUCUUGGAUGAAAGAUCCUGGCAAAAAGCAUGCAAAGAUUUAUUUAUUAAAUGGUUCUGUAAAUAAUGUUAUUUUGGAGUUUGCAAAUAUUAUGACAUUUAUAGAAAGUAAUCAUACACUAAAAGCUCGCAGAAUCCCCUUGCCAGUACCCUGGGAAGGAACUGGCCACAUCAUAUAUCACGGUUUCCUGUUCUAUCACAGAUAUGGCUCCUUAAAUGAGAUAAUUAAAUUCAAUAUCCAGAGAAGAACUAUAACUGACCAAAUGCUACUGCCAGGGGCUGGAAGGAUUCCUGUCUAUCAGCUUUCUCCAUCUACAAAAAUAGAUCUUGCCAUUGAUGAGCAAGGGCUCUGGGCAAUUCAUGCAGAACCAGAGACUGAAGGGAACAUGGUAAUUACUAAAAUCAAUCACAUAAACAUGGCAGUAGAGCACACUUGGGACACAUCAUGCAAUAGCAAGGGUGCUGAAGCAGCUUUCAUGAUAUGCAACACACUCUAUGUGGUGUACAACUUUCCUGGUGGAGGCACCUCUCGCAUACAAUGUGUUUAUGACAUUUUGGAGGCUGUAAAUACUCAUGAAAUUCCAGCAUUAUAUUUUCCAAAACGUCAAGGUAGUCAUUGCACUAUACAUUACAAUCCUAAAGAAAAGCAACUCUUUGCUUGGGGUGAUGGAUCCCAGAUCAUUUACAAGCUUCACACAAAGCAGCAAGCUUAG